UCAUAAAUUAAUUUGACCCAAAAAAUCACGGUAGCUGAUACCUAAACUUAUGCCCGCACUGCACUGAGCAAAAUCCCUGCCUCCGCCCCUGGACACUACAGCCGGCCUUCUCAACCUCCGCCAUUCCGCGCCGCCAAUUGACUUCUCAUCCUCUCGCAAAAGUCUCACCCGGCCCCUCCUUCCUCAAAUCUCGAAAUCUGUUGCGGCUCCGCCCCUGUUUUCGAGCCCUAGACGACAGCACAGCAGAAGAAGAAGUUGCUCGACAUUAGCCCUAGAAGGCGAAUCCCCGAAGCCUACUCAUUGCUCUUGAAUUGCUUUUGCUUCCAGUAUUGCUGCAUCUGUGAUAGCAUUCUUGUUUUCCCACCAAUGGCUGCAGCAACCAUGGAAGUAGACUCGGGGAACGAUUCUAUCCAAAGAAAACAAUCCCUCUACAAAUCUUUGGACGAGAGGUUUGGGAUACAGAAGGAGAUGUACAGAGGGCAACAGUACAGUCAAAUAUACUUUGCAAGGCUUCACCUGAUGAGAACUAUGCUUUAUUCUCUCAUCCCUAAUUGGAAAGUCCAUCUUCCUGUUUGUACUGUUCUUGGAUUGGAGGAAGGAAAAGAAUGCAUUAUUGUUGGAACUAUUUACAAGCACAUGAAACUCAAACCUUCUAUUCUUGAUGAGUAUUCUAAGGAGAGAUCUACAACACCACUUGUAAAACCCCAUAAUUUCGUGAGCUCAGAUGAUUAUUUAGUUUUGGAAGAUGAGAGCGGAAGAGUCAAACUUUGUGGAGCUCUACUGCUGCCUUCUGUCUUCGUAACAGGGAUUGUGGUUGCAUUGCAUGGAAAAGAAACCGGUGCAGGAGAUUUUAUGGUUGAAGACAUCCUAGAAGCUGGUUUUCCACACCAGAUAGAGCGCCCACUUGUAUCUGGCGAAGACAAAUAUGUUGUUUUUGUGUCGGGAUUAAGUGUUGGAGGCAGCUCCUCUAAUCCCCUCCAAUUUCAGCUUUUUAUCGAUCAUAUAACUGGACAUCUGGGAGACGAAAAGGAACAAAGUUUUGCAGCUCGAAUAGUGCAAGUUGUUGUAGCUGGUAAUUCUGUUGAAUAUCCCCGUACACUUCUUAAUGGUCAGAAUUUAAGUUCAAAGGAUCAGUCUAGAUUAUCUGAACCAAUAAAAGAGCUCGAUAUCCUUUUGACCCAGAUUGCUGCAGGCAUACCUUUGGACAUCAUGCCAGGACCCGAUGACCCUGCAAAUUUCUCCUUACCACAACAGGCUUUGCAUAGAUGCCUUUUUCCUGGAUCAUCAGCUUUUAACACUUUCAGAUCCUGCAGUAACCCGCAUUCCUUUGAACUGGACAAUGUGAGCUUUCUUGGAACGUCAGGCCAGAACAUAGAUGAUCUUGAGAAAUAUUCUGAUGCAAGUGAUAAACUUGGAUUCAUGGAAAGGACAUUGAGAUGGAGGCAUCUAGCACCAACAGCCCCGAAUACUCUAGGGUGUUACCCCUUCACUGAUAGGGAUCCAUUUUUCAUUGAGACCUGUCCUCAUGUCUACUUUGUUGGUAAUCAGGAGAAAUAUCAGAGUCGCUUGGUCAAGGGGUCAGAGGGACAGGUUGUAAGACUCAUUUGCAUUCCCAGAUUUGUUGAAACAGGAACUGCUGUGGUGUUGAACAUGAGAAAUCUUGAAUGCCAUACGCUCAGUUUUGGGGCUGAAUUCAGUACAUAACUAGAAGGUUGUGGGCUUGUGGCAGCUGCAUAAUCACAAGGGUGGUUGCUUUGCAUCUCUGAAGCGAUUCAGGCUUUAGCUCUGUGGUUUCCAAAACAAUGAUUACAGGAAGGGCAAAAGAGAUGAAAUAUGAAGGCCGAAAUCCCAGCAGCAUAUAAUCUGAAGUUUUUUAUUUACUAAUCAAUCUGUAUGCAACAUAUUUGAAUUACUGGAUGACAUAAUCGUACACUAAUUUGCAAAUUAAUCCGGUUCGGGUUUAUUGCAUCAGUAAGAAAUUGUCAAACAUGUAAAAUAGUAGUGUUGUUAUUACUUGAACCAUAUUUGUUAUGUAUGCCCUUUUGCUGUUGGAUUGAU